GAGGAUGAGUGCACCAAUACAAAAUAAAUAAAUAAAUAAAUAAUAAUAAUAAAAAAACCCCCGCACAUCCAGGGACUGUUGUAAAGACGCGUACUGUCGGAGGGACACACUACAGGGCACUGUGCACGAACACACGGGUUUCUGGGUGCCAAAACUGCUGCUUAGCUGGCACACGGCUGAUGACAGUGCAGAGCCACGUCUGUUAAAGAGUUGCUGCAUGCAGGAACAGGAGAUUUAUGAAGCUUUCAAGGCCUUUUGAUUGAUAAGCCACUCGAUGGGGAUUCACCGGCGAGCUCCCAGCUGUGUGUCCUGCCCUGCGGCCCGCUGCCUGCCCUCUCUCUUCAACACCUCCUCCACCAAAAUCAUGAAACUAGUAUUAACUGAAUGGCAAAUGAUAUGGAUUUUUACUGUUUCUAAUAGACAGUAAACACACACUUACCAUUUACACACACCACACACAUACACUUACCCAUUUACACACACCACACACACAUACAUAUAUAUAUAUAUAUAUAUAUAUAUAUAUAUACACACACACACAUUCAUACCUACUGUCACUUACAUACAUAUACACCUACAUUUGCUCACACCAAAGGGAGUGACCUCAUGACAAAGCCAUAUCUCUCUCACGGGUGCAUACCAAAAAUCCUGACACGGUUCUGCUCAGAGCUUCACGGCAUGUCCUUGAGGAACCAAAACGGAAUGUAUUCUUUGCAGUAAGCGCUUGAUUCCUCUCAACAGUGCACUUCGAUUACCCAAAGGAGCUGCUUGGAUUUUAACGUGCACCAUUCAUCUUUUGAAUUGAGUUGGCUUUAUUUUGGUUUUGCACAUCUGUAAAGAGUGAGGUGUCCUUCCCUUGCCGAUUGCAUGCCGACGACGAUGGCGCCCAAGAACACUGAUGCAGAUGCUAUGCAGGUGCAGGAAGUCGUGGUGGUCCCUGCCAAGACGGCCAGCAGAGGCUCAGACAGAGGUGGAGGAGGGGACAAGGCUAACGCAGCGGGUGGAGCCACUGGACGGGACCAGGAGAGUCAGGAGGAGUCAGCAAGCGAGGGUUCUAUAGACAGCAUCCCCUUGCGCCAGUGGGUUAUGAACGGAGCCAUCAUGUUUGGACGAGAGUUCUGCUACGCAAUGGAGACAGCCCUGGUGACUCCCGUGCUGCUGCAAAUUGGUCUUCCAGAACAGUACUACAGCCUGGUGUGGUUCCUGAGCCCCAUCUUGGGCCUCAUGUUCACUCCUUUGAUAGGAUCAGCCAGUGACCGCUGCACUUUGCGCUGGGGUCGCCGCCGGCCCUUCAUUCUGGCACUGUGUGUGGGUGUGCUCUUCGGCGUAGCGCUCUUCCUCAACGGAUCUCUAAUAGGUUUGGCUAUAGGAGACGUGCCCAACAAGCAGCCUAUAGGCAUCGUUCUGACGGUGCUUGGAGUGGUCGUGCUGGACUUCUGUGCUGAUGCAGCUGAGGGGCCCAUCAGAGCAUAUCUGCUGGAUGUGGCUGACACAGAAGAGCAGGAUAUGGCUCUCAACAUCCACGCUUUCUCAGCAGGACUGGGAGGUGCUGUGGGCUAUGCACUUGGUGGUCUUGACUGGACAAACACCUUCCUUGGUCAGGCUUUUAAGUCCCAGGAACAAAUCCUGUUUGUGUUUGCAGCUGUAAUAUUCAUCGUCUCAGUGACACUGCACCUCUUCAGCAUUGAGGAGGAACAGUAUAUCCCGCAGCAGGAACGACUGGAUGAGGAGGCUGAUGGGACAGCCUCUGAUAAAAUGAAUGUCCUGUUUGGUCUUCCGACAUCGCAGCAGCAGCUCGAUCUGAUGUCUGAGGAUGUGCCCUAUGAGCGUGAAGUCCACUCAGUUGAGCCAGAGCUGGACUUCCUGGAUGUGGAGCUGGUGCGCAGUAAGAGUGACUCAGUGCUGGCCAUGGCUGAUGGCACACUGGAGCAUGAGGCACUCUUCUUGCGCCAGAUAGAGCCUUCCAUCUUUCAUGAGCGCUUAUCAUCGUACCACGGCAGCCAAGAGUUCCCACAUGGGCGCUUCAGCUUCAGCCGUCACUCAUCCUUGGUGCACGAACCAGAGGGUGAAGAGGUGCCACUCCAUGCAGAAUCCAAAGCCCCCAAUGGCCAACCUGCAGGGAACAGUGAUACCGUCGGACAUUCCCAGCCGCUUCCAACAAAUGCGCUCAAAUCCUCCACUGCUGGAGCUGCCAUCCGGCGCCGGCGCCACACCUUCUACCGCCAGUCGUCCUGUACUUUCUCCUACUAUGGACGCCUGGGCUCACACCGCUACCGCUACAGGCGUGCCAACGCCGCCGUGCUUAUAAAACCAUCACGCAGCAUGAACGACAUCUACGAGAUGCAGCAGCGUCAGAGGAGGGGGCAGCGGCACAGGGCUCGGCACCAAAGUGGAAACACUACAUCGAGCGGAGACACUGAAAGUGAGGAGGGUGAAAUGGAGACUACUGUACGCCUUCUCUGGAUGUCCAUGCUAAAAAUGCCCAAAGAAUUACUGCGGCUGUGUCUUUGCCACCUGCUCACCUGGUUCGCCAUCAUCGCUGAGGCUGUGUUCUACACUGACUUUAUGGGACAGGUCAUCUACGAGGGUGAUCCCACGGCUCCUUCAAACUCCACUGAGCUGCAAAACUACCAUAAAGGAGUGCAGAUGGGCUGCUGGGGCCUAGUAAUCUAUGCUGCUACUGCUGCUGUCUGCUCAGCUUUACUCCAAAAGUACCUGGACAACUUUGACCUCAGCAUAAGGAUCAUCUACAUUCUGGGCACCCUGGGCUUCUCUGCCGGCACAGCCAUCAUGGCCAUCUUCCCCAACGUCUACAUGUCCAUGGUGAUGAUCAGCAGUAUGGGUAUCAUCUCCAUGAGCAUCUCCUACUGUCCAUAUGCUCUACUGGGCCAGUACCAUGAGAUCAAAGAGUAUAUCCAUCACAGCCCUGGCAACUCAAAGCGAGGCUUCGGCAUCGACUGCGCAAUACUGUCCUGCCAGGUGUACAUCUCUCAGAUCAUCGUGGCGUCAGCAUUGGGUGCAGUGGUGGACGCAGUGGGCAGCGUGCGUGUCAUCCCCAUGGUGGCAUCCGGUGGCUCCUUCCUGGGUUUCCUGACCGCUUGCUUCCUGGUCAUCUAUCCAGGAGAUGGUGAUGGGGAGAAGAGUGAGCAGAACAAAGCUCUCACUAAUUCCAACAACAGAGAGAAUGACACCAGCACAGAGAAGCCCACUGUCCUCAAGCUUACACGCAAAGGCACCACCACAAUCUGCAAAGUGGAGUGCGAAUCCACGCUGUAAUGAAGAUGAGUGGCCGUGGAGCUCACAUUCCCUCCAUCCCAGCAGAGUUCAGCUUACACAGGGGAAUGAUGUAGAUUUAAUUUGUUUUUUCAUUUGUUUUGGGAGGUGGCAUUGUCAGUCUUGAUCCUCAUGGCCACCAGGGGGAGCAGGACACUCGAAAUGACAAGGGCAUUGUCGUCUCUCUUUCUUUCUAUACAUAUAUAUUUCUCUAUUUAAGCAUGCACGUCAUCCAAUCAAAGAUCCUACUUCCACUCCAAGUGCAAGACUUAAUCCUGUAAUCUAAUCUAAUUGAAAUGAGAAUUAUUUAUGUAAGAUAAUCACUUGGAUUCUAGGUUUUGUUUCCAUUGACGAUUAUUCCUUCAUGUUUGAUUGUUUGGUUUUAUGGCCUCCCGUCCAGGAAGACGAAGUUUCCCAAGUACAUUUACAUUAAGUAAUAUUUACUCCUUGUUUUUAUACGUUUAUACGUGUCAACUCGUUGUGGCUUUAUGUGAAGGUGUGAUCAGCAGCAAGACACCCAAAGGUUUAAAACAGACUCAAAUCCUUGUUUCUGUAUUUCGUUAACCUUUCCAUAGUGUUUUAGUUUGUGCAAAACUGCUAAAAAUCUGUCCUGGGAGAAGGAAUUGAUUCUCCUUUAACGAUUCCUACCUUUUCCAGGGUCCUCUGCUCCACCUAUGAGCAGUACAUAUAAAAAAUUUCAACACAUAUCCAAAUCUUCCACCCAUUGGUGGAAAUGCUUUACUGCUUAACAAAUAAUGUCGUAACGAAUCUCAAUGCUGCGUCUGAGUCUUCAUGGAGCAAUGGAGCGAAUGAGUAAAUAUGUGAGAAUAGUGGAAGAUCCCCUGUGUAUCUUUCAGUUCAGUUUUCAUUUGUAACAGGAUGUGAUUGGAGUCAGCUCAGUGUUUUUGUAGUUUGAGUGCCUGAACGUGGGGCUUGAGGUGAUUUGGUAAGGUGCUUGAGGAGCAUUUCAGUGCUCACUGUUUUCACAUUUUGGCAGAACUUAAGCUGUGUAGUGAAUUCAGUAAAAAAAAAAAUAAAUAAUAAUAAUAAUAAUUUGGUUUUAGUUUAGUUCUUGACCUUUCUGUUUGCUUCUGUUGAACGGAGGGUGCUUGGGACUGAAGUGCUGCACCAUCACUAGUAAUGUUUACAUUCUCCUUCACUGCUGCAUGUUGGAAGUCAUUUUUAGACCCUUCCACACUGAGAUCUCCCAAUUUUCUUGUCAUCUCUGGCACCUUGGCUCCUCC